ACACCAACACGCUAGUUUUCAGUUUCAGAUUGAUAUUCAGUGACAAAAUUGAAGAAUUACAAAUUACAUCAUUACACUACAUUGUUACCUCACACAUAUUUGUUCACUUCAGCCCCGAGAAAUGCCGGAAGUUGCCCAGGCGCCGCCAGCAGUCGAACUGAAUGCAGAUCAUGUCCCCCCAGACGGAGGAGAAGGAGGAGGGGAGGACUACCACCAGCAGCAGCUGCAGGGGGGCUAUCACCCAGAGGACAACAGAGACCACAGCCACAUAGGUGGGGAUGGGGACAGGGGUAUGAGUGUGGACUCUGCAGCAAGGGAGGCCAAUAGACUGGUGGAUGGGGCCAUAGCCAGUGCUUACAAACAAAUCAGCGCCAAUGCCAGCACCCCACCAACCAGACAGCAACAACAGCCCUGUUCACAGACCCCCGCCGACAGAGAGGAGAGAGGUGAAAAGGGGAGUGAAGUUGUUGAGGGGAGCGAGGAGGUGUUUGUGGGGGAGAAUGGACUGAAGGACAUCCGGUGGAUGAGCUACGAGCAGUUCACAGUCCCUCUGGGAACUCACAAGAUACAACAGUUCGUGGAGACGUGGGAAUACGAGCCUAGCUGGAAAUACUGCAUUGACUUUCUAGAGGAAGAUUCCACAGAAUACGACUUCAGGUAUCGCUAUCAAGUGCGCUGGAGCAUCCCCACGCGUCGUAAGCCCAUCCCCCGUGCAACCGCCCGCGUCUUUUUCACGAUUGUCGUGUCCAAGAUUCGACCGCAACACCUUCCCUGUCAAGUGUUCUACAAGUUCGAGACCAACUCCCUCGUGCACAGACCCGGCCAGUCCCGCUUCCGGCAGAAGUGGCUCAGUAGCAUAGUGGAGAACCAGUGCCACGUCAUCGCAAACGUCCAAUUUUAGACCACUUAUUAAAAACAGCAAUAGACAUUUACAACCACAGAUUUUGAGUUCUAACAAAUGAUUCAAUCAAAUCACUCGUGUGUAAUCAAACUCACGCAUAAAUCCACAACCAAGAGUCAAAAUCUAACGCAGAUCUACAAAUAUAAUUUCAUGACUCGGUGCUCCUUCAAUGAUGACUUGAUUCUCUCCAUUUCCAUCAUACUGUGUUUGCAUUUGAUCACAUCGUAUUAUGUGAAAAUGCCAAAUAAGUACGUGCCAUAUUUGGCGAUAAAUUUCACGCCUAUUUAAUUGAAUUCGGAUGAUGAAUUUAAAUACCAGUUAA